AUGGCUUUGUUUCGAACUUGGACAACACAGAAAUAUGAGCAUAAGAAGGUAACCGUUCUUAGCAAAUAUGAAGAUGAUUCUUUUAACGCGUUUUGUUGUGCUAACGCGGCUUGUUACGGCACUGCUAACCAGGAGAGCCAAUCACAAUCUGACUAUUACCCAUUGGGCCAACUAGUGUACUACCAAGGAGAUCGGAUCUUGCUGCGUGAACACAGUGUUCGAGUAUCGGAGGAUCAUUGCCUGCAUUGUUCAGUCUGCUUUGUCACACUGCUGGUUAUGAAGCCCACAAUAAUUGUCUCGGCCUGCGUUGUUGUAGUAGCACUAAUAGUUGCUGCAGAGACUCUUGACGUCGAACGGUCCGUCGAUAUUCUGGGACUCGACGACAGCGCAAAUGUUGUGAAGCUAGAAACCGGUGAUUCACAGCAAACAGUGAUUGAUGGCACUUUGAACCAGACACCUUCACAAACUUGGAAGGUUCUUUCAUCAGACGCCUACACACACAAUGGAGAUCGACAACAAAGAUCAACACUUGAAAACUACAUUCCGGAGGACGUAACGGUCACACAAGAGAAGAAUUAUCGAGUCGUCCGCUGGCGAGUUGCAGACAAACAAGCGAACGUCGCUCUUUACAAAAUCUACCGAAGUUUUUCCAUAUUCAAAAUACUGGAUAUUAGUAGCAUGGAGCUGGUGGCGACAGUUAAUGGUUCGGUCACUGAAUGGCAAGACAAUUGCACUACACAUCAUUCUAUUAUUCGUUAUGCCGUCACGGCUGUGGACGGAAACGGGCGUGAGCAAAAGCUUGGCGUGAAUCCAACGGAUCCUGUUAAUCUGUUUGGAUCAUACGAGCCACUUGCACUUCUGCAACAUAUUGUGUCUCCACUAGUUCAAUGUUGUAUUUUGUGCAGUGAUGUUGUGUUCAACCCUGACUUGGAGCAGUAUCUCUACGUGUAUGAUUGUGAUGGCGACAACGACGGACUUGCUGACGGUGUGUACGCUAUUCUACUCGACAGAAUGGGGAAAGCAGUGACAAGGACCAAAGAAUUUACUUUGAAAAUAAACUCUCCAUCUACACAAGGAUGUCCUUGCGCUACGUACAACCCAAACACCCAAGAAUACUUUCUCGCUUUUGAGAUAAAAUCACCGCAAUUCUUGGGAAACGAAUAUUUCAUAGUUUCUCAAAGAGUGAAUAGUCGUACCAUUGCCAUACUCUCGAGACUAACCGCAACCUUGAAGAGGAGCGACGGUGGAGGGGUGUAUCAUUGUGACGUCAUAUACAAUCAAAAAACAAAUGGAUAUGCCAUUGCGGCUCAACUUUAUUUACCCGCGAAAACUGUGCUUGGGUAUGUGCAUGCAAACGGAACGGCAGUGUCAACCAUGUUAGUGUUUGGGUCGACGGAAAGCAAACUCUAUCAUGUCGUCUACGAUUCAAACUCGGACUCUCUCGUCGUAAUUGCUCAACUCGAUGCGUCCGUGUGCGCCAGUAACCCUAGAUGUACAAACGUCCAAUCUGGAAAACAUAUGAUUGCGUACACGAGACAAUCGCCAGUCUCCUCUCUGCCUUUUCCUCCAAACAUCCGGGACCACGUGUUUGUUAUUGGAUACACCGAACUCGAGAAGGCUGACGUGACUACUUAUUUUCUAUCCAAAAAUAAUGAAAAAUGUCUUGGAGUGUGUUACACUGUUGAACAGGGGUCCGGACACUCUACAGCUGUAAACUGCCAAACAGCUUGCAGUCAGGUGGGUGAACAAAAUUGGACGUCCACUAACGCACCACGGUUUUGUACCUGUGAUGUGCAUGCGACCGCUGCCGGAGCAGUAGCCUAUCGAACGGACAAUAUCACAUUUCUCGCCGUAUGGGAAGAAAAGUCAGCAAGCGGACGACGUCUUAACGGGCAUUUCCUAAACUCUGAUCAUUUUGCGCAAGAGAGUCAGUGGACCGACCAACGAAGUCCGAAAGUUGUCUAUAACUUGAUAUCUGAUACGAUGUGUGUAUUCUGGAAGUACACAUCCGGGUGCGACAGUUGCCACAAGUCUGCCGUCCGUUGCUUCACGCCCACAACAAAGUGCACCGACAAUUGUUGUUGUGCUGAUCUUCCGCCUUGUGAGUUUCCCUGUUCGUCGUGCAAUGCUAACUCAGACUGCCGGCCCGAGAUGCACAGUUGUGUUUGUCACAGAGGCUACGUGGGUGACGGACGAUUUUGCUGCUCCAAAGGGAUAGGAACGAAAACGGCCGUUCUCGGAAGCAGCACGGUUUUCAAGUGUGACGAUUCGUGCUCCAUUCCCCAAGGCUCGACGAUCAGCUGGUAUCACAACGGACAUUCUCUGACCGCGUUUACAAGCGGAAUCUCGGUCUCUGCCGACGGUCGUUGGCUCUCUGUGGAGCCGGUCGGUCAUCGCAAUGAAGGCAACUAUACCUGUCGGAUUCAAAUCAAGCGCGGGCAGUAUGAGAGAUCGGGAACGCUUCGUGUGUUACGACGACAAGACGUUUCGUGCCAGUGCGGUUAUGAUUGCGGAUUUUCUUGCGCAUCUCUUCAGCGCGUCUUUGACGGAACGACUGUUCCACUUGGAAAGUACCCUUGGAUGGGUAUGAUAUGCGACCAACACUCCCAAGUAUUCUGCGGCGCCGUUCUUGUCAGUUGCCACUGUGUCGUCACAGCAGCUCAUUGCCUCUGGUCGUCAAAAGGGAUCAAGCCACCUUCUACGUUUUCUAUUUGUUUCAACAAAAGAUGCAGGAGAGAAUGCGAAGCGCCAAAUAACGACAAUCAAAACAACUGCUAUCGAGCUAAGGAGAUCAUUUUACAUCCUCAGUUUGACAACGAGACUUUGGAGAAUGACAUCGCCGUCAUCAAGUUAGAAAACGGAGUAGAAAGCAACUGCAGUACCGUGUCUCCCGUGUGUUUACCGUACGGAACAGAAGACGAUAAAGAUUUGGUUAGUCCUGGUUUGGACGCGACGGUCAUGGGUUGGGGUGUGAAGAGACCGGAUGGUACGGUCGCUCAGUGCCUUAAAGAGGGCAACGUUCGCAUCGUCUCGAAGAAAACAUGCAAGCGCUUUCACGAGGGAUCCGAAUAUUCCGUGUCAAAGAGCACACUUUGUGCUACCGACAGGAAUGGUGCUUGUCAGGGUGACAGCGGUGGUCCUCUUAUUGUUCAAGAUGCCAACAAUGAAAACCGUUGGACCCUGGCUGGCAUUGUCAGCUGGGGGAUCGGAUGUGGCCAGCGAGAUUCCUACGGAGCAUACGCCGACGUCACUCACCAAGCUGGAUUUUUAAGAGGUGCUUGUGGAACUAUAUAGACAAGCUGACGGCGGGAACACAGAGUACAUGUCGCAUCGUAGUCCAGGAUAUUACCUCCGGAUCUUUCGUUGCGAACUACAAUCGGUAGACGUUUUCUGUCCUAAUUAGCUAAAGAGUUGCACAUCACUGUGUGCAAAGCGAUCAUAUUUUCUUGCAUUGAUAAGAUGUAAGACGCGCAUGCACUAGGGUUACAGUAAUGCCUCCGUGGAGUGG